AUGUCGGUCUCCCUUAAUCCCGGCAUAAAUGCCAACUGUUAUUCGUCCAUCAGUUCACAGGAAAUCGCGGAUGAGGAGGGACUGCAGCAUGCCAGCAAAAGCUGGGCCCGAAGAAAUCACAUCUUUCUCAUAGAAACAGCGCUUUUCACCAACGUUUUCCUGUCGGGAUUCGAUAGCACGAUCACAGCGUCGAUAUACCAACUCAUUGGUAAUGAGUUUGAAGACGUGAAAAUUGCCAGCUGGAUUACCACCGCCUAUUUAGUAACAUGCACUUCGUUUCAGCCCCUGUACGGCUCCUUUUCCGACAUCCUUGGAAGGCGUAACUGUAUGUUUUUCGCCAACGGCAUUUUCGCCCUCGGCUGUCUCGGUUGCGGUUUGUCAACCAACUUGGUCACCCUCAUCUUCAUGCGUGCCAUUACAGGCGUAGGUGGUGGUGGAUUAAUCACCCUUUCAACUAUUGUAAAUUCGGACAUCAUCAGCCCCGACAAGCGGGGUAUCUACCAGUCAUUUCAAAAUAUCCUCGUGGGCACUGGCGCUGUCGUGGGAGCCUCCAGCGGGGGAGCAAUUGCUGCAAAAUUUGGUUGGAAAUGGUGUUUCCUGAUCCAGGUGCCAAUCUCCGUUGCAGGAACCGUGAUGACAUAUUUGUUUGUGGAGAAUCAGCAAACGCCACAAGAUCAAUGCGCAAGCACCAAUAAAUGGAGACAAAUAGAUUUCAGCGGCGCGAUACUCCUGACUCUGGGUCUCACUAGUCAAUUGAUAUUUUUGACGGUAGCAGGCUCCACAGCAGGUGAAGGCUUCCCUUUCAUUGAUUUAAAAUCGUUGGGAUUCUUGCUUGUAAGCAUUGCGUCCUUGGUAGUUUUUGCUCGAGUCGAGAAAAAUACGUCAGCCAAUGCAAUCAUUCCUCACCAUCUCUUGGAUGGAAAUUCUCGAAGCAUUUUGAUCAUCGGCUUUUUCGUUGGGUUCGUUGCAUACGCUUAUUUGUUUACUCUCCCGCUUUAUUUCCAGGUGGUUGGAGGCGAUUCUGCUGCUCAAGCUGGACUAAGACUUGCAAUCCCGUCUUUCUGUACCCCGAUUGGUGGGUUGAUCAUGGGGAUCGCAAUGAAAGAUACAAGCCGUCUGCCCGCCUUGCUGACUUCGGGAAUUUCACUCAUGCUCUUGGGUAAUUUGUGCUUCCUUUUCAUCAAUAAAUCAACCCCCGGCUGGUUGAAUUUCGUGUUGUUGAUUCCUGCAAAUAUUGGCCAAGGUAUAACAUUCCCAUCCACUUUAUUCUCAUUUCUCUUUGCGUUCUCUAUAAGAAAGCAAGCCACUGCCACCGCUGCGUUAUACCUUUUCAGAAGUAUUGGUUGUGUAUGGGGGGUGGCAGGCACCUCCAGUCUCGUUCAGGUCCUGGUGAGCCGAAGCUUGAAAAAGCACCUGAAAGGAAUAAUAUCCGAUGACGAUAUAAGUCAUCUACUCUCAAAAUUGAAACAAAACACGUCUCUCAUAAAAAGUUUAAGUCCAAAGGUGCAAGAUGUUGUAAUAAAGAGCUAUGCGUUUAGCAUCCGAAGCGUGUUUGCCUUGACAGUCGUGCUCAGUUUAAUAGCCCUCAUUCUCUCCAUUCUGACAAAAGUAAAAUCCAGUGAGCAGGAGGUGCGAAGCCUUGCAGCAUUAGAGCGCCGCAUUAGUUUUUGA